AUGUCCUGCCGCAGCCGCAGCCCCGACCGCUACCGGGAGCGCGACCGCGGGUACGACAGGGACCGGGGCGGUGGCGGCUACGACAGGGGCGGCGACCGCGAUAGGGGCGGCGGCGACAGGGGCGGCGGUGGCGGUUACAGGCGGUUGGAGCAGGAGCCGAUUCCCAGCGCGCGCGUGGUGUUCAUCGGCGGCCUGAACUUCAUGACUGAGGAGCGGGACCUGCAGCGCUACUUUGGCGAUGCUGGCAAGGUGGUGGCGGCGCGCGUGGUGCGCGACCCCAACAACGGCCACAGCCGCGGCUUUGGAUUUGUGGGCUUUGCUCGCGAGGACGAGGUGGACGUGGCUAUCCGCAAGAUGGACGGCGAGGAGAUCCACGGCCGCAGGGUGGCGGUGCAGCGGGCAAAGACGACCCUCUACUAA